AUGCGCUCGCUCAACGAUCACCACCGUGUUGUUGGUCGCUGCUGCCGCAUGAAUGUGUCUACCCACGAGCUGUGGGUAGACGUCGGCGGCGAGCAGCUGUGGAUCGACGUCCUCCACACUACGCUCGAGCACGGCCUCGCGCCCCGCGUCUGGACCGACUACCUCCACAUCACUGUCGGCGGCACACUUUCCAACGGCGGCAUCGGCGGCCAGGCGUUCCGGCACGGGCCGCAGAUCUCCAACGUGCACGAGCUUGACGUGGUAACAGGCACGGGCGAAAUGAUCAGCUGUUCGCCGGACAGGAACUCGGACCUGUUCUUUGCAGCACUGGAUGUACAAUCGUUCACCAGUGACCAGGAACUGCUCAUCUCGAAACGGUCUGCUGGCGGAUCCGAUGGCUUCGACUACAUUGAGGGCCAAGUCCAGCUGAACCGGACCCUCACCGAGGGCCGGAGGUCGUCUUCCUUCUUCUCACCCUCAGAGCUCGACCAGCUUGCCAACCUCGCCAUAGGGACCGGGUCUGCAGCAAUCUACUACAUCGAGGGUGCAAUGUACUAUCAUGACGAUACUGCCUCCUCAACCUCUGUAAAACUUGAGACACUACUGGAAGAGCUGAGCUUCGUCCCGGGGCAUGCGUUCGUCAGAGACGUGUCCUACGUGGAUUUUCUCGACCGAGUCGGCCGGGACGAGCAGAAGCUGCGGUCGGCCGGCGUCUGGGACGUGCCGCACCCAUGGCUGAACCUCUUCGUCCCGAGGUCGCGCAUCGUGGACUUCGACGCCGGCGUGUUCAAGAGCAUCCUCAAGGACACCAAGCCCGUGGGUCUCGUUCUCAUGUACCCCAUGAACAAGGACAGGUGGGACGACAGGAUGACGACGGCCACGCCGGACGAGGACAUGUUCUACGCCGUCGGGCUGCUGCGGUCCGCGGUGGCCGCCGGCGACCUGGAGCAGCUGGAGAGGGAGAACGCCGCCGUCCUGGAGUUCUGCCACCGGGAGGGCAUAGGGUGCAAGCAGUACCUGCCGAGCCACGCGUCGCGGGACGGCUGGAGGCGGCAUUUCGGCGAGAAAUGGAGCAGGUUCGCCGCGCUGAAGCGCAAGUACGACCCGCGCGCGAUUCUGUCGCCGGGGCAGGGGAUCUUCUCCGCCGCCGGUGACGGCUUGGCCGACCAAGCCGCCUCUGAUUCUCUGUAG